AAACAGAGCAUAUGGUCUGGUGACGUAACGCCGGUCGUCGAGGACGCAUUGACCACAGCGCAUGUUUUGUGCGUGCGUGUGUUUAUGUGUUUGUGUGUUUGUGUGUAGCUAAGGAUACAAAGCGUGUCAUCUCCGCUUCAUUCCUAAAACACGCACUAAAAAUAAAUAAACUACCAUAAAUAAUGAACGCUGUGACCGCCGCCACCUGCCUGCUCGUCGCCGGCUUCAGCUAUUUCCUCUUCGGCUGCGAUGUGUUGUUACCGCUGCUCCGUGCCUCUGUUGCAGAGCCCUCCAUGCCCGAGCCGGGAGAUGCUCCGCGGCUGAGCCCGCAGGGAGUCCCAUACACCGACCUGCAGCACAUCGUCAACGCCGACGGACUGCACCUGUUCUGCCGCUACUGGGAGCCCGCCGGUCCGCCAAGGGCGCUGGUGUUUAUUGCCCAUGGGGCUGGAGAGCAUUGUGGGCCGUAUGAUGAGAUUGGGCAGAAACUGAAGGAACUGUCCCUGCUGGUAUUUGCACAUGACCAUGUUGGGCAUGGCCAGAGUGAAGGAGACAGGAUGAACAUCAAAGACUUCCAAAUCUACAUCAGAGACUCCCUGCAGCACGUUGACCUGAUGAAGUCCCGCCACCCUGACCUGCCUGUCUUCAUUGUGGGUCACUCCAUGGGUGGUGCAAUCUCCAUCCUGACAGCCUGUGAGAGGCCCAGUGAUUUUGCUGGAGUGGUUCUGAUUGCACCGAUGGUCCAGAUGAACCCAGACUCAGCCACACCGUUCAAGGUUUUUCUGGCGAAGGUCCUGAACCACAUGCUGCCCAGCCUCACUCUGGGCUCCAUCGAGUCCAAAUGGGUCUCACGGGACAAGAAGCAGGUGGAGGCAUAUGACACAGAUGAGCUGAACUUCCACGGCGGCAUGCGGGUGUCGUUCGGCAUGCAGCUCAUGGGGGCGGCGGCACGCAUCGAGAGGGAGAUCCCAUCCAUCAACUGGCCCUUCCUGCUCCUGCACGGCGACGCUGACAAACUCUGCGACAUCAGAGGCUCCAGGAUGAUGCACGAGAACGCUCAGAGCUCUGACAAGAAAAUCACGAUCUAUGAGGGAGGCUACCACGCUCUUCACCACGACCUCCCAGAAGUGGCCGAGUCUGUGCUGACAGAAGUGACCAGCUGGAUCACAGAGCGCCUCCCUGACAAGACAUCGCCACAACCACAAGGCUCGUAGGAAACGUGAUUUGGUGAAACCAUGGUUAGCGCGCCAAGGCAAUUGCCAAUCUUGUACCAAGAGGCUGGCUCACUUUCCAGUAGCCUGUCAGGCAUAACAAUACUACUACACUCUCUGGUGGGAAAUACUUUUGGGCAUAUAGAUAUUUUUUUGUGUGUAAAAUGUUUACUGACUUUAUCCUCUGGGCACAUACUGUACAAUAUAUCCACCGCUCCUGUGUACCUUUCAAUCUGCCCAAGUUACACUGUUUUAAAUUGAUGGUGAGGUCAAAAAAGUCAAAAAACAUUUAUUAUUGUAGAAGAAAACAUAUGAUCAGGGAUAUGUAUUUUGGGCAGAGGGUUUAUUUGGUCAUAAUUUUAUGAUUAGACCUACAACUAAAGUAAAAUUUAAUCUACAGUAUGCUGGGGUUCAAAGUGCAAUAAUGAAGUUUCCAUCUUGUUUGUGAUACAUUAUUGAUCUGGGCAGGGGCAUUUCCUUUUUUUCUCAUUAUUCAGUCAGGGCAGAGGUCAAGAUCAGCGCCUCUGGAGCUGCUGUAGGUUCAGUACAGGGUCAAUACUAGCUAGGUCCUCACACUGCUUCACUGCCUUUGCGGUAUCAGUGGAUAAAAUACACAUUUUCAGUGAGACUGUUUGGUGAGCGCUUGCAUAGAAGCAAUUUCCAUUCCUGGUUCAGAUUUGGUGGCUCAAAAGAAACUUUCAUCUUCUCAGAAAUCACAAUCUCUCCCGCCUCCUCCUUUAUUGCACUGUUCAGUUGCAUGCAGCUCUCACAGAGUCAGUGAGACAAUAUUCUGAGUGUUGUAUGUUUUUUAUGAUCCAUAUUUGAAUUCUUUUCUUAUAGCCAUUGAAGGGACCAAUAGAAAAACUUGCUUUCCAUAUAAAGUACUCCAUUUCUUUCAGUGGGUGUAGGGAAAUGAAAAUCAAAUUAACCAGGUGACGCUGCUCUGUCUCUCUCUGCAGGUGGGAAUUAGAUGAAAAGGACAAAGGUCAAAAGGUCUCUCCUCUAUGUGAACUUUGACCUUUGGGGUCACAAAUAACUUCAUUAAGCUUAGAAUGCACAGCCAGCUGGAGAACCAGAGAGAGGACAUAUCGCUCUGUUACUGUGGACAAAAGAGUAGAUCUCCUCUGGUCACGUCUUCCAUUUGGUGGACACAUUUCAUCCAAACACAUCCUAAACUGAUAUGGCUGCAUAUGUAGCAUGGGUGGCCACAAUGGGGAAUCCAACCUCUUUCUCAGAGCGAUGCUGGAGUUAUCUUUUUUCUUCUUUGAGAGAGAACAGGAGAAAGGAGUGCAUUUGAUUUUGUAUGUUAAAAAUUGUUAAAUUUAAGUGAUCGACAUGCAGUGUAAUUGCUGCCACUUUAUAGUUUUAUAAAGUUUUUCCAAACCUCUAAAUCUCACACACAGUGGCUAGAGCACCAGACAAGCACCCACUAGAUUUUUUCUUUAUGUUUUCAAAGUAAAUUUUAAAAGUUUUAGCAGCUGCGUUCACCACUUAAAGUCAAACCUGUCAAAGUCAGGUCAGUCAAAAGGUUUUCAGCUAAAACUAUAGCAAUAAUGUCAUGGUAGCCUAUAUUUUUGGAACUGUUAAUUAUAAGCUAGACAGAUGCACACUGAGCUCACCUUUUUAUAUUGUCAGGUAGACUGUAAUUAACAGGUAUUGCUACACACGCCAAGCUUUUCCUGCCUGUUCAUCAAACAAGAGAAAGUUUCAGCAGCACGAGUCGAGUUACCCGUGUUUGUCCACCCCCAAGAUUAAACACAGAAAGGGAUCAAACAUUAGGAUGUUUGUUUCUGUUUGUUGACUUCAGGCAUCAUUUAUGUCCUAUAGAAAAUACAUCUAGUGUGCAGCUCUUGGGAAGAGACACCCAGGCUUUUUAGAAUAUUUUGACUCAUUAUCACCCAGAGUUCAAAGGGAUUCAUGCAGAGAGAGUAGAGGAAGCAGGGAGCGGUAUCCACAGAGACCGUUAUUCACGUGUAACCACGACAGCAGGCCGGCGGCAGGAUAGAAUUGUUUUUAUUCUAUUUUACAUGUGUAGUAACCCGGGUGAUCACAGCAAGACUGCUAGAAUGAGAUGAAUUUCUGGCUUCAUGCCUGCUCUGUAACUCUUUUUCUAAAUUUCUGUUUCCUCACUCUUAGCCUCUCUCUGCCCUGUGUCACGCUGUUUCACAACCUUUUUUUUUUUGUUGUUGCUGUGGUGACCAGCGCUCUUUGUUCUGUCCAUCACAGAGCCCGUUUGUUCUAAUACAGAUUCAAACAUCUUCUACUGUCAGCCACUCAUGCUGCCCCAAGUGGUCAAUUAUCAGAGCAGCACCAAGUCACAUUAUAAUUGUCAUUUGGCUUUUUUCUUGUUCUUUUGACCAUGGAACUGCUACUCAGUUAAAAUGGGGACACAUCACUUAACCUGCCACAGACUGAGCUUAAUGCUGUAUCUUACCCACAAAAUCACUUCAGGAACAGGAAAACCCGUGUCUGUAUGCAAGACUGUGACUGAAAAUUGCUCGCCUGCUGACAUUUUCCAGCUCUGAUGUGUUUUUCUCAUUUUAUUUAUCAUCUCUGAUGUUUGCAAACUGUUCUCUGAUCUUCGCACAGAGUGAACCUGCUGGGUUUCAUUUGAAAAUGAGAUUUCAUCAGGGAAAAUAAAGCAAGGCAAGUUUAAAUAGCACAUUCUUCCACAAAACUUAAUUUAAAGUGCUUUACAUAAAAUGCAUUAAAUAAGAAAUUAAUCAUAAGACAUUAAGAACAAUGACAGAAGGGAGUUCAGAAUGCAAGUGCAUCAUCUUCACUGUUUUCUUAGGCGUCAGAAAACAUUUAGUCCAAAUAUUAGGUUACAUUUUUAUUGGUUCAGACGCAGACGAGAGAUGUAAUGUGUUCAUCAGUCCCAGUGGGAGUCAGACCUUUAACCUCAACCAGAACUGCAAGAGUUCAUAUCACGAGUACUUCAAACACAAUGGACUCCUGAUUGCGCUGCAGCAGGCACACCACAGUCCCAGUUGUAUUCAAACUCUUAAUAGCACCCUUGCUAUGUAAGAGUAAAUUUCAAACGCUCUACCUGUCAGAAUACAUGAGUGCAUUUUACUGCAUCAUUAGCUAUGGGGGCGGAGAGAGGUGGAGAUGGAGUGAGAAGAGAAGAGAGAGAAAAAGACAGGAGAGAAGCUGGCAGUAACCAUGGCAGCACAUUAUACAUAUAUAUAUAUAUCAGUGCAAUCAGCCAGUGAAAAAUGCGUAUUUAUUAAUGGUGCAGGAUGCAAAGCAGACGUUGCUGCGCUUUCAGAGCUGGUUGUCCAUUUUGCUGCUCUGAGGAUUCCCUUUUGUCUGAGCGUUGCGAUAAGAGAGAAAACAAUUAUAGUCAGAAUAAUAAGAGCUGCACACACUAAAUUCAAAUCAGGCUGGUCUGCUGUUUGUACUGAAAAUGCACUUUUUCCAUUUCAGCAAAGACUGAUUUCAAGGCCAUAUUUUUUCUUUUCUUUCUAGAGAGCUUGUCUUGAUUUAAAAAGUAGUGGACAAAUGAGUGAAAACAAGCAGAAACCCAUCACUCCUUUACUAGAUUUUAUUCCUACUCCCCUGUCUUUAAGGUGUGUAAUCCCUCACACAGUCCUCACAUCUUAUAAAGCCUUGUACUGUAAGCCUCCCCUGUCCAUGCCAGUAUAAUUUCUACUGGCUUGUAUAUUUAUACAAGCAUGAAUUGUAUGCAGGUUUGCCAUACUGAGAGAUAGCCAUGUACAGAUGCAUCGUCUGUUAAUAUGUAAUAAUCCACUUGACUGUUAAUAUCUUUUUUUAUUUAGGACAGAAGUUCUAUGUUAAGUCAAAGAGUGAAAAUACUGAAGGCAGGAAGCCGCUGAAUCUAAUUGGUCUGCGGAUUUUAUAACAAAGUGAAAUUCAAUUGGCCUGUUGGUUUCUCAAUGAGGCCGUUGUUUUUUUUGUUUUUUGUUUUUUAACUCGACUUUAUGACUGUUUCUAAGAAAAGAGCUGUUAUAUAUGAUGCAGACUGAUGGGCACAGGCCAGUCUUUCUGUAAUUUUAUGAGAUUAAAGUGUACUGGAAAGUGCAGUACAGUGCAGGGUUCGCUUAAAUUAAAUCUUGAGUCAGUCAUCAAGUGUACAGCAAGAAUUGAAGAGGUCUUCUCCAAAAUGCUGUGAAUGCAUGAAUAGAUAAAUUGAACAUUAAGUUCAAAAUCAUGUAUGUAAAAAACUGAAGAUCCAGGUUGUUACAGUGUCAUCAUCUCCCCUGAGAACUUAAGUUACACCUCAGUCUAUAAAAAAAGAUUGCUACUGCAUUUUGGAACAAAACCACAAUUCAAAUCUUGCUGAUUUUAGCAACAAUGUUGAUUGAUUCGAUUCAUUUCUAAUGGCCAGACUGCUUGAUUACUGAAAAUACAUCAACAUACACUUGACGGAAAUAUAAAAAUCAAGAAGGCAUUGUAUUUUACAAAUAUAUUUAUCUUGUCUAGAGUAUUUAUAGGAAUUAAUUUUAUGUAUAGGCUACUAUAUAUUGAUUACACAUCAUGACAAGGCACUUUUUAUACCAUAAACCAGUCAUAUUAUGUCAUUUUUACUGUUGAUACUGCUCAGCUACAUGAAGCUCCAUAAUAGUUUUUGUGAUGGAAAGUGGUUCAAGUAUGUACUGUCAGCAAUCCCAAAAAAUGUAUGACAAUGUUUCUGAUAUGGUUUUGCAUAGAGAGUAUUUUACUACUGUCUGUUUAAGUCAGCUUUGUGUUGAAAAAACUGAAGUCUUGUUGAUGUUUGUCAGAGAAAAAUGAAUGUUUAAACCAUCUGAUAUUAAAUGUUCUUUUGUUUCAUAACAGAAUAUUAACAACCAGGGUGUUAUUGCUAUGAGUUUGAAAAAAUGUUUCCAAAAUUUACUUUUGAGGAAUUUACCUUGUAUAAUUCUUCUUAAAAAAGGUAAAUAACACAUGAGUGAGAGAUUUCAUGGAGCUCUCUCUUACAUCUCAGAUCUAAGACAAUUUAGUCAAAAUAUGUUUGAGGACUAAAUUGCAGGUAUCAGGUUUUCUCCCAACAGCAGUAUGUUUCUAGGGAAAAUAUGCCUUGGAUUUAUUUGACUAAGAAUUCCACAAAAUUUUAGAGAUUUUUAUGGGAAUAUAAUAUUAUACGUUUAUUUUUGGAUCGUGGUCUAGUCUUGUUUGUGCCUUAUUACUAUAAUGAAUGUGUAUCUCUGUGUGUGAGUGUUUUGAUAUAGAUUACUUGUGCAGAGCUGCAUUAAGCAGAUCUGUUACUCUGGUUUUCUGGCUGUCUGUUGUCACAUCUGUUUCUGGUUCAGUAAUCGUGUCUGUCUGCUUGUCUUCUUCCUGGCUGUCUCUUUCUAUUUAUGUCUGUCUGAAUUUCUGUCCAGUCGGGGGGUCUGAGCAGGCUUGGGUCAAAAAACUGUUCUCUAAAUCUUUUAGGCUGAGUUACAACUCAUAAAAUACCUCCCAGCUCCUUUAAACACCUGUUUUGUUUUAGUCUGCCUAAGGAAUCUUGCAAUAUCAAGAAACAUUAUACUUGACAUUAAAGAUAAGGCUUUGGCCCUGCUGGGGUUGCUAUAAAGGCAGAAUGACUAUAUAACAUUUGGAAUUUGUCUUUUUUUUGCAUUGGUUUCCAACAGAAAACAGGUAUCUCAGACCAUAAUAAAACAAGAAUUUGCAAUAUCACAAGAACCAUAUUACCAUCAAGACUGUUCUGUGUUGAAUGAUUUCAUUUUUUGUCCUUGGUGUUAUUUGUACAUGUUGAGAUACUGAGCAGCUGAAAAAAUAUUAAUUUAGAUUUCAUCUAACUAUACAGUUAACAUUAACAAACUAAUACUUCUACAGCUAACAGUUACUGGUAAAGAUCUACAUCUGUCGCAGUUGUCUGUGAAAUGCUUCAAUGUAUUGUCAUGUGAGAAUGUAGAAAUGUAGGAACUAGGAAGGUAGUGGAAGGAAGUACUAGGAAGUGUGAAUUGUUGUCAGGAUAAGCAAUGCCUAUCCCAUCAAGACAUGCAGUAUAAAUGUGACGGAGAAAAGAGAACAAUGUUUUUAAUUACAUUAUGGGAAAACAAUGUAAACCAAACCCCACCAUGAUCAUGCAUUGACGUAAAGUGUCAAGUCAACUGGAGUUGGUGAUAGGCAGCCCACCAUCAACCACAUAAUGUUAUGUUGAAGAAUCACACUCUUGAGUCUUCCUUGUAAAGAAAUGUGUUGUUUGUUUUAAAAGCUCACUGCAUUUGUCAAUUUUAAUUCAAGUGUGACAAAAUAUUGUAUAUAAGAUGUAUAUAAAAUGUAAUAAUGGAAAAACUAUUGAAUCACUGAAAGUCAAACUCCCUGUUACUAGAUGAUUCAUAAUGUCCAUUAUCUCUUACAGAAUAAACUAAAUGACUGUUUAA